AUGCGCAGUAUAUUCUACAUUGCUCUUGCCUUUGCGAUCUUAGCUCGCAGCGUCGUCUCCGCAGCGUUCCCUGAUUAUGACGACUCUCGGCUCGUGUUGAAGACAUCUCCUGACUCUGUGACAAACGCCAAGAGAUCCCUUCGGGUCGCGGGCCAAGAAGUUGUCCAGAGCAAUUAUGACGGGGUCCGUGGGAUCAUUAAAGCUGUAUCUCAGAGUGUCAACAAAGUCACUGCUCCGAUACCGAAUAUUAAAUUGCAAGCAUUGCUCGAGAAGGCCAAGGUAGCCAAAGCUCUCAAGAACGCGGGUAAAAAGGUGACAGGUGGUAAACUGUAAGGCCUCAGAUGCAGAGAGAGUCUGUGGUUACCCUUUUAUCAGUUGCGAAAAGUGAUGUAAGUGUUCAUUCAGCAGAAACACACUUAAUGA